AAACGGCGCAAAUUUCAUGCCAAAGCGUCGCAAACCGGUUCAAAUCGUGUGCAACAAACAAAUGUUAUGGUAUGAGCAGAGAUCUUGAUCGUGCAGGUGCUCAACUGAACCACCAACAAAUGCAAGCUGGGCAGCAGAUAAUUGCGGUCGCCCAUUUUUGGUUAACAAACUACGGAUCUAGUAUAUCAAAUAUGGCAAAACUUGGUUACUGUAGCAAAGCUACGUAGUUUACCUAUUCUUGAUGAUUGGAUUUUGAAUUCUCCGUUGAUCCCUUGGUUCUGAACCGUCCGAUUCAUCCUUUCUGUGCUCGCUCUAGUAUUUUCCAUUUUUCCAUCUACCCCACGCGGCGUCGCUCCCUUCGCUUCUGGCACCUCCGUCCCGCUCCACGACGCGUUCCGUCCCCACACCCGGCAACACAACACGCGGCGGGCGCAAAUCCCGGCGACCCCCCACGCCAAUCGGAGCAGGGAGCAGGCGCCGAUCGAAUCGACCACCGGACCCCAAUCCCGAACCCCCGCCUCCAAUCAGGUCCUCCUCCAAUCCUCCGCGACGCGGGCCGGGGAGGCGAGAGCGCGACGAUGUCGGGGGCCGGGGAUUACCAGGAGAUGGCUGCGUCGGUGCCGCCGUCGCUGAAGGCCAUCACGCUGACGCACGUCCGGUACCGCCCGGGCGACCCGCUGGGCCUCUUCCUCGCGUGGGUCUCCCUCGUCCCGGUCUUCAUCAGCCUCGGGGGGUUCGUCUCCCACUUCCUCUUCCGCCGGGAGCUCCAGGGUCUCUGCUUCGCCGCGGGGCUCCUCGUCUCGCAGGCCCUCAACGAGCUCAUCAAGCACUCCGUCGCGCAGUCUCGCCCGGCGUACUGCGAGCUCCUCGAGGCCUGCGACUCCCACGGGUGGCCGUCCAGCCACUCGCAGUACACGUUCUUCUUCGCCACCUACCUCACGCUCCUCUCGCUCCGCCGGUCGCGCGCGCGCCGGGUGAUCGCCGCCGUGCCGUGGCCGCUGGCCUUCCUCACCAUGGUGUCCAGGGUGUACCUAGGGUACCACACCGUCGCGCAGGUUUUCGCGGGAGCAGUAGUGGGCCUUGUCUUUGGUGCUAUCUGGUACUGGAUUGUCAACACCAUGCUUGUUGAUUACUUCCCGAUGAUUGAGGAGAGUGCAAUCGGGAGGUGGUUGUACAUCAAGGAUACAUCCCAUAUUCCAGAUGUGCUUAAGUUUGAGUAUGAUAAUGCAAGGGCAGCAAGGAAGAAAGUUGCUACUGAUUGAGCUUGUUGUGUCCCCGGAUUUCAUUUUGCUCACAGUGAUUAUAAGAAUGUGUGCGGCAUGUUAUUUGCUUCAGUUGCUGCACACAGACAUGUAGCGACAACAUUUUCAGUAGAAAAGAAAUGUCUAUUACAGCUUGGCAUUUUGCUUUUCCUGGGCAUAUGCUAAUCUUUGCUCAGUCAUUUUGUUUCUCGUAAUGGCAGUUUGAUCAUAACUUGACGAUUGCUUACAUUUAGAAAAUGACAUGUGAACAAUACGUGAAUUCAUUUCCAGCAUCGAGAUAAUCUUUCGUUGCUUGUCUAUGUGUCAGAUAACUUCAAUGUGUUGCAUUCUAUGUUGUCGAAACAUGAAUACAUGUAUGAUGUAUGCCAAUCUUUAGCAAUGUUUUAGCAUUUUUGUGUA